UAAUUUAUAUAUAGCUCAACCUCAGAGAGCUCAACAAUGUCGUACUACAUAGGUAUCGGUAUUUCCAUCUGAUACACUUUUCUCAGCUAACUUUGGAAUACAUCAAUCGAGAAUAUCAAGUGGUCAUCCCCCAACUUCAUAUGCAUUACUGCAGUGAUGUAUACAGCCAGCAGAAAAUAAUUUGAGAUUGAAUGAACAGUGCAUAAUGAUCUGAUGAACUCAUAGACAAGACAAGACAGAAUAGAAGUAACAUACUGUCAAAGCAUUACCUUUUCAACUGAAUGGAUUUCAAGCUUCUUAUAUCGCUGUUAUUACUGUUGUUUGCAUAUGCCAGAAAUUCGAACGAAAAUCAUCACCGAUGUAACUCGUGGACUAAAUUACACAACAAAGCCAGUCAACCCUCCUGCCCAAAUGGAAAAAAAUACUAUGCUGUGUGGAAUACACAUAAUAAAUCGUAUAUUAACGAUUGUUUUGAUUUUCGAAUGGUCCCAAAAGGUCAUAUGCUCAUUAUUGACCAACAAUCUGGACAUUUAAACAGUGUUGACUGCCCAGAGGAAACCAUACAACCGCAACCGUACUUAUCGUAUACGGAAUGUGGAUGCGACAAAAUUAAAUCCAGAUGCAAUGAACAAGGUCAAGCAAUAUUUUCUAAUGGGUCGACGUAUGAAGAUAGAUUAUGUCGCUGUGACUACACUAGUGGUUAUGGGUUUGUGACAAUACCAGCUGGGAAAUGUUUUUGCAAUCCAAAGACAGAAAAGUGCACUUGUCGUCGACAGUGUUGUGAAAAUGGAUAUAAACUGUCCCAAGAUUAUACCUGUAUUAAAGAGAAAGAAUUUGGGGUGAAAAAAUUUACCUGUCCUAAGUUAAGUGAAAGAAUUCACCAAAAGAACACUUCAAUUCCACCAAUAGAGUCCGAUGAAACAGGAAAUGUUUUGGUCUGGAAAAUAAUUCUGACAGUAGCUUUACCAACAGCAAUUAUUUCAGGUUUUAUCUUUUUUGUGAUUGGUGUUGCGGUUGAAAACAAGAAAAAUGUGUGUGAGCAAUUGAGUCGUCUUUUUAAUUCAAAGAAAAAUAACAGCAAGGAAUAUGAACUACAUCCGAAGGGACAAAGCGUUUCAACACAGACAAGUUUAGUCACACAGGAGUAUUUAGAAGAUAAAGAUGUUAGCCUAAAGAAACAGAAUAUAAACCCAAACAAUGCACAGUUUCCUAAAGUGUCAAACCAAGGAAACGGAUGUAAUGAUUGUGGCAUCAAGACGAGUCCAGUUAUAUCUACUAGUAGUAAUUUUGAAGGAACAACAGAAGGACAAAGCGUUUCAGUUGCAAGAGGAACACUCCUACCAGAUGAUAGAUUGAAAAAAGUUGACCCAAAGAAACAAAAAACAGACUCAAGAAAUGUACUAAAACCAAGAGCUUUUGAAUUCAUGGAAUCAAAGGUACCAUUACUGAAAGAAGACGAACACGGAUUCAAUGAACAUGAACAUGGAGAGAAUUAAAGUAGUAUGUUACAAUAAAGUCAAUACUCCUGAAGACUUAUGUGGACUAAAUACUUAUAACAUGUCAUGUUGUGCAGACGGAAACAACGGAAUACAUGAUGUCAUGGUGUGUAAUUUGGCUUAUAUUUUUGAAAGUGUAAUUAUCUUUCUAAAAAUAUGUUUUAUUUUUAGAAAGAAAAUUGUAUACUUGUAUUUUGUGAAACUUUUGAUUAAUUUUGGUUUUAUUAAUGUUUACCUAUGUUGUGGCAAGUAGUCGACAUGUCACAGUUUGCUCAAAGUAAUUUGUUUUGAAAUAUUAAUUGUAAUUAACAUUUCACUAGGAUAUUUUAAGUUUUUAUCAAAACAUUAAGAGAUCAUGCUUUGUUUAAUUAUAUUCUAUUUUGCUAAUGAGAGUACUAUUUUACAUAUCGUGUCAUUAGUUUUUGGUUUAAGUAUAUAUAGCGUUGUGAAAUUUUAAAAAAAGGAGUCAUCUUUCGGAAACCUAAACUUACACUGCUAAAGUCUGUUAUACUGGAUCUUUAAGACUGUCGAUCAGUCGACCGUUGACUUAGUAGUGUUAAGAAAAAAAAUUAUCUUUGACUCACUUUUUUUUUUGAGAAUUUUUUUUUGAAAGCAGUCAGUGUUUCGGAACCGUAACCUCUAACUACUCAUGUCUUUUAUGCUGGACCUACAAGACUGUCCACCAGUCUACCAGUUGACUAUGUAGUGUUGAGACAAAAGUUAUUUCUGUAGCAAUUUCUAUUUGAGAAUUAUUAUAUUUUUGAGACUUUUACCAUUUUGAUUUUGAAAUUAGGUUCAUUUUUUGAUUUAGUAGUUUUGGCAUUUAUAUUAAUUUAUUUUAAUAUGACAUUGUAAAGAGAAAUUGUUUUACUUUGGAUUUGAUAUUUAGAUUUGAUAUUUUGUACCUUGAUUAGAAUAUAACUAUAAUUAUUUGGCAUUGUUUAAUGAUUGAUUGUUAUCAUCAUUCAUCAAAAUUUUUAUCGUUAAUUGAAUUAUGAAAACCUUCAUUGCGUUUUAUUUAUGCCAGAACAUUAAGUCUAGCGAUAGACUGACCCCCUGUCCCUUGAUUCAACUACAUACGCGUUAGCUCCCCCUUAUCUAACAGUGCUCUAGACCUUGGUGACAGAUACAAUAACUGGAUGCAGCAGUAUUGUUAAAAAAUGCGUACAAAGUUUACAAAAUUUAACAGGACCGUAUCGAUUCUUCACUGUUUCAUGCUGACGAUACAGAAAGGACUCCAGUAAAAAUCAUAUAUAUAUUUAAAAUUUAAUUGUGGAUACUGAGUGUUAUUCAGAACGUCAAAUUUUCAUCUCGCAUUUUAACUGCAUCAGAUUCAUCAAAAGAAGGCCAUCAGCAAUUUAAGCUGUCAUAUUUCUAUGUACAACAAUGUAUAUACUACUACUAAUAGCAUUUUGUUGAUCGUUUGGUAAUGAACUUUGCCGCCUGUGAGAUCUACAUUUCUAAAUUAAGAUGUUUUAUUUAUGAUAAACUGUUGUGUAUUAAUAAUUGCUUUGUAAACUAAGCUUUUUGUGAGUUCAUGCUGGUGUAUUGUGCCAGUCUUUAUUUUAUUUGUAUCUUGACAUUAAUGCGAAAUGUAAAUUUAAUGUGUAUAGAAUAAAUAAAAUGUAACAAUGUU